GGUUUGCUCUCUUUCCUAUUGCAAUGGGCACCAAUGUCGGACCUCCUGCGUGUAAAGGAAGAGGCUCGCGAGGCUGAUGCAGCAUGGCAGGCAGCAGCUGUGCUCUCAGAUCUCGUGGAGGGGCUAGAAGCGGCAGAAGGAGAGGGUGAGACUGCAGCGGCUGAAGCAGCUGAAGUGGCUGAAGCUGCAGCGGCUAAAGCGGGUAAAGCGGGUGAAGUGGGUGAAGCGGGUGAAGCAGCAGCUGCGGGGAGCAAAGUGGCAAGGUGCGAUGCGAGCGCAGUGCCCGUAGCUCCCGUCGCUCCUGCAGCUCCUGAAGCUCCCGCGGCGGAGCCUGACAGCGACGAGGAUGUGGCAAUCCGCGCGGCCUCGGCCCUGGGGUCUUUGGCGUCGCUGAUGGAGGUUGCCGUCGACCCCAGGCGCCCGCCCGCUUCGGCAAAUCCUCUUGGCCCCGGGCAGCCCGGGCAGCCCGGGGCCUCAGUCAAGGACCUGCGCGCCAAGCUCCAGGACAAGCGCGAAAAGGAACCUGAGAGAGGCAAGGCGACAGCCUCAGAGCAGCUCAGGGCCAAGCUAAUGGAAGCAAAGCAGAGACUGGCGCCACAAGCUCGGGAGCGUGCCCCGUCUCCGCCUAAGAAGGACAAGAAGGACAAGAAGGACAAGAAAGCCAAGGAGAAAGCCAAGGGAAAAGAGAUAAAGGAAGCAAAGGAAGCAAAGGAAGCAAAGGAAGCAAAGGAAGCAAAGGAAGCAAAGGAGGCAAAGGUGCGGCCCAUGCCGAAGCAGCAAGCGCUGCCGUUGGUCUGUGACGGGAAAGGUGACUUGGGCGCGAGCGCUGGCGCUUGUGGGAUUUUCCCGCAUUCUAAGGCUCGGGCAAGAAAAGAAGGGAGAGUGACGCCCGGGAAGGAAGGGAAGGAGCGAGAGGAGCGAGAGGAGCGAGAGGAGCGAGAGGAGCGAGAGGAGCGAGAGGCGGAGGCGGAGAGAAGGGCUGCCCUGGAGAAGGCCAAGGCACGGCGCCUGGAAGAGCUGAAGGAACGGGAGGCGCAGAAAGUCCAGCGCGAGGCCCAGGCGCAUUCCAAGGCGGCGGCGCGAAAGAAGAAGGAGGUGGAGGACUCCGUGAGAGACUUAGCAAGGAAGCUGUCCCAAGACAUCCUGGAGAUCUCCGAGAUCAUCAAUGUGGAGAACAUCAAGGAGGUGAAGCGUGAAGGGAGGGAUGUGGGCCACUUUGGGGUACCUGGCGUGGCCAACAUGGAAAACAUCAAGCAGGAGGUGAAGCAGGAGAUAGCAAAACAGGAGUUGACCAAGAAGGAGAGUGAAAGCAACCCGCAUGCGCCGCAUGCGCCGCACGCACAGAAGGAGGAGCCGGUAUCCCCGGAGUUGUAUGCCCAGCAGAUGCUGCAUCUGAAAUCCAUGGCUUCUCCAGAGGCGCUGGCCUUAUCCUCCAUGUCCUCAUCUACCAUGCCCUUGGCCGAGAAAGAGGUUGACCUCACAACGCCCACUGUAUGCACAAUCGGUUGGGAGCCAAACGUUGAGCCGCACGUAAUGAUCCGGCUUUUAGAGGAGUACCACAUCGGGUCGAUCAUCGAUGCCCGCCCACCAGAAUUUAAUGCUGACGGCUUUGGCCAUGCUUGUGCAGCACAUGGCUGGACUUAUGAUCGACAGCCAGUGCUUUCCAUUCAUCCGUAUGACCUGGGUCCUAUGGGUGUGUAUGCCUACAACACCAUUGGCCGGAUUGUCAGCCAAGCACGAGCAUCAGCCGCUGCUGGGAAUGAUGGCAGCUGCAGGCGGCAGUGCAUCCUCUUUGCUGGCGAUCAAAGCUGGCAGGAUGAGUGCAAUUGGCACAUUGUGAAGCGGCUCCGUGGAUGUACCAUCGAUGUGGUGCAGAUCAGCCUGGAUCGGUACUGGGAUGAGGCUGCAGUCUUUGAGGAGACAGACAAAGGACGCGGUGUGAUCGUGGCGGGGCCACCUCUGACGCAGGUGGUGGAUGAGCUGCGGAGCCAGGUGGGUUUGCCGAAGAUCGGGGACGAGCGGGACCGGCAGCUGAUGGUCACGGCGCGGGCGGGGCUGGAGACAUGGGUGGCCAAGAAGCUGAAGCACGACCCGCGGCUCUCGCAGAAGCGCUCCGAGCUGGGCCCGGAGGCCACGCUGAAAGACAAGAUCGACGGGCUCCGGGAGUGCUGCCCGGAGCUGUCCCGCGUGGUGAGCAUGGCCCACUUCCUGCGGAUGAUCGGCAACAACUCUGCGCACACUGGCGGCGCCGCCAUCCCGCCACGGCACCAGCUGGUGCAGCUGGUCCAAAAGCUCACCGAGGAGAUCAAAGAAGCCGAUGCCGUGGCCAAGGCCCACACCGAGGCCGACAAGAAGUGGGAGCAAGCGGAGCCCUUUGCCGCAGCCUUGGCCAGGAUCGAUGCGACGGCAAUGGCGGCAACGGCUUCGGUGCCACGGGCGCCAGCGGCUCGAUUGCAGCUGCCCCAGAGCAUCAUUCUGCCCACGGACGGGGAGCACAAGGCAACCCUGGUCUACUUGCACCCAUUUGGGGCAGGCAAUGUGAGAUACUUGCAAGGCAAGAGCGCCUUUGGAAUGCCGGGCAUGAGGAUUGUGUUGCCGCUGGCGCCAAACAUCCCCAUCACGGCCUACAGCCGAAGACAGUGCAUCAGCUGGUUCGACUACUAUGGAGCCGAGGAUUUGGAGGCAGACCCUUUGAGCUUGGAGGAUGUGCGCGUGCGGCUUUCCCUCACGUUGGAGCGGGAGGCAACUUUGUUGGGCGAAGAAGGCCACAAGCGCCUGCUGGUGGGGGGCCUGUCGCAAGGUGGCGAAGCUGCACUUCACGGGGUGCUCAUGCAUCACCAAGUGCUGGGCGGCUACAUCGGGGUUUGCGCGAAUUUGUUGCCUUGCACCCUGCCGGAGGGCGCUGGCCGCACCAAACUGCACUUCUUCGGCUAUGACCGCGAGCCCAAAGUUUGGGCUCAGCAGACUCGGGACCCCUUGCUCUCGCACCACAAGCUGGUGGAACACGGUGCGGUCUUCGGCGAGUGUGGCGCCUUCAACUUGGCGAAGAUCGAUUACAAAGUGGAGGCAGACUGCUUGCGCUGCGCGUGUGAGGCCAUUCUAGAAGCUGCUGCCGAGGAAAAUGCUGCCCCCGUGGACGCGCCUGAAGAUGCGGAAGGCGACUUUGAUGGAGAGGGCGGAGAGGGCGGAGAGGGCAGAGAUGGAGAGGAGGGAGAGGAGGGAGAGGAGGGAGAGGAGGGAGAGGAGGGAGAGGAGGGAGAGGAGGGAGAGGAGGGCGAGGGCGAAGGCAAGGCCGAGGAGGACCCCUUGCUGAAUGAGAUGGCGGCGGCAAUCGGGGUGGACCCCGAGGUGGUUCCACAUUUGGAGUACCCGGACGACGACAUGGGCGACAUGGAGAAUUUGGAGAUCCAGAUGGAGGUGGAUUCAGAUGACGGUGUUGUCGGCGUCGGCGACGGCGCGAGUGCCGACGCUGCCGACGCUGCCGAUGCUCCCGAUGUGCCGACGCUGUUGAUGAGGGCAACUGCCAAGGUCAUGCCCGCCACCAAGCGUGCGCGGAUCAGCUACAAAACCGAGCAGAUGGCAGAUCCGGAGGCGCCUGAGGUGGGCCCACACGCGGCUGAAGGACUUGAAUGCGAAGCACCUCAAGUCAAGCCAGAGGUUUUGGAACCGGAAAGCCUCGCGGAAACCCUCCAGCCAGAAGAGACCCUCAAGCCGGAAGAGGCAGAGACAGAUGGUGCGCCAGAGAAGCUUGAACAUGCAGAUCCCAAUGCCAAGGACAGCCGAAUCGGAACGGACUUGACGCGCUCCUGGCCGGCUGCAUCUGCUAGACGUGAGAAAGCCAGCACGUUGUCCGCGCGGCUGUUCACCUCGGCGCUGGCGCCUUUGCCCGACUCAGUGGCCUCGGGCGUCCUCGCACGUUGCCGCGUGACCUGGAGGAAUGUGAAAGCGCCCUGCGCCACGCAGAGCUUCUUGGGGCCCAAGCCCCUGCGCGCGGUGAGCCUUCCCCGAGCUGCAGAAGCAGCCGAGAAGGUGGAAAGCCUUGAAAGCCGUGAAAGACCCGAGAGCCGCGGGAGCGGCCCCACCAACGCCGGGUUCCAGGAGGUGACGCCAGGGCCAUCCGGGGAGGGCAUGAAGCGGGCCCGGCAGUUCCUUGCUCUGGAGCCUCUGGACGAUGAAGUGAAUCAGUGGGAGCAAGACAUGGCCCAAGGCGGCCUCUCGGCCGAGGAGGAGCGGAAGAAGUGGGUGGCCAUUGUGUCUGGAGCUGUGACCUUCCUUUUGGGCGGAAGCUAUGUGCUGCUGAAUGUGAUGAUGGACAGCACCGAUUGGUCCGGCUUUGCCGGGGAGAGGACUCUGUCUGCAGAGGAUUUGCAGCUGUUGGGGAAAGAGAUGAAAUAA